AUCUUAGCUCAACAUCCGCCCAUUUCUCUAGCCUACGCAUUCGCUUUGACGACCGGCCGACUCGCCGGAGUUUUUCCCCGUUCUUUACGGGUCAACGAUUAAUCAAGCUUCCUUUUUAAAAUAAAAACUUUCUCGAAAAAAACGCGUUAUAUAUUCACUUUAACCUACAUUCCCUCUUCGUUUUCAUCAACAGGAAAAGAGAGAGAGAGAAAAUGGGCGUUGAUUACUACAAAAUACUCAAAGUGUCACGCAAUGCGAGUGAAGAAGAUUUGAAAAAAUCGUACAAGCGAUUGGCGAUGAAAUGGCAUCCGGAUAAGAACAGUGAGAAGGAAGCAGAAGCGAAAUUCAAGCAGAUAUCGGAGGCUUAUGAUGUGCUAAGUGAUCCACAGAAGCGUCAGAUCUAUGAUAUAUACGGCGAUGAGGCGUUGAAAUCGGGUCAAUUCGAUCCGUCGUCACCUAUGAAUGGUAAUGGGAGAGGAUUUAAGUUCGAUUCGCGUGAUGCGGAAGAUAUUUUUGCGGAGUUUUUUGGUGGAUCGGAUGGGUAUAGUAGGAGUCCUACUGGGGGUACUGUACGGAUUAGGAAGGCGGCGCCGGUGGAGAACAAGUUGCCGUGUAGCUUGGAGGAAUUGUACAAGGGUUCUAAGAGGAAGAUGAAGAUUUCAAGAAUUGUUCUUGACGUCACUGGUAAGCCUACAACAAUUGAAGAGGUCUUGGCGAUACACAUUAAACCUGGUUGGAAGAAAGGCACAAAAAUAACUUUUCCGGAGAAAGGGAACCAUGAACCUGGAGCUGCACCUGGUGAUCUUAUUUUUGUAAUAGAUGAAAAACCACAUGAUGUCUUCAAGAGAGAUGGAAAUGAUCUGGUGAUCAAUCAGAAAAUCUCAUUAGUAGAUGCUCUUGCUGGGAAGAUUAUCAACUUGACUACUUUGGAUGGAAGGGAACUCACGAUACCAAUCACAGAUGUUGUUAAACCAGGACAUGAACAGAUAAUCGCAGAUGAAGGAAUGCCAAUAUCAAAAGAACCUGGGAAAAGAGGAAAUUUGAGGAUCAAGUUUGAGGUUAAGUUCCCGUCAAGGCUUAGUUCAGAUCAGAAAUCGGAUAUCAGAAGAGUGUUGGGAAGGACUGCUGACUAAUCCAGAUCUUAACUUAAGGUGUCACUAACACUGACUGAUUGUGGAAGUGCAAUGGAAUGUAAAUACUUGGAAAGUUUAUUCUAGACAGGAGAAUUGUGCAUAGUAGGAUUAUUGUUUUGACGAUGCCUCUCGAAGUUUAGUUUUAUUUAGCUCCAUAAAAGGAGCAAUCUAGCAGCUACGCCAGCUGCCUAUUUAAUUCUCACGUUGGAUAUUAAACACCUUAGGUAGUUUACUAGUUUUAAUAUUUGAUUUUAGUAGAUGCUAUAUAUCAAGUAACUGGAGUUGGGAAUAACUAGCUAUCUUGUUCUGGUUGUGAAUUUCAACUGUGGGCCACGGACUGUGGCAGACUGGUAAUGAAUAUAUUUGUUGGUUUUUUGGCAUUGUC